CUCGCGCUGGGGACCGGGCGCCGUAAGGAGAAAGGGGCGCCGCCGCCGCCGCGUGUGCGGGUGACCUCGGCCGCCCCUCAGGGCGUCCCGUUCCCCGUCAGGAAGCCGGCUUCCCUCAGUGGGAUGAUGGAGGAUACGGAAUCCACAGUGAUGGAAGAUUUCUGCUUACACAUCAACACGAAGAUUUCAAAUAUUAAAAAAUAUUUUAAAUUAAGAAAAAUAGGUAAAGAAAAACACCUCAAAGGUCUUCUCCAGAAAAUAGGAAAAGAUAUGAUCCUCUUGAAUGUUCUCCUGGAUAAAAUGGAAACUGAAGUUAAUCAGCAGGAAAAAAUGAAGCAUUUGCUACAAGAGCUCCAGCAGGCUGCCGAGAGAGAUCUAAAAGAAGCACAGCACCUCCUUGCACACAUUCCUCCCCACCUGCCUAAGCCAGCUCAGAAGAGCGUCCCUGUGCCAACUGUGAAACACGAAGAACAAAUGAAAGUGGCAGAACCUGAACCUGCCAAGAGACCUGAACAUGCCAAGAAACCUGAACCUGCCAAGCAACCUGCAAAAGCGAAAAGAGUCAUUAAAAACAUGGCAUUAAUAACGGCAGAAGAAUUUGCACUUGUUCCUGCGUAUCUGAAAGGUCGCUUAGGAUACAAUCAGAUUAAUGCAGUUAUUGAAGAGAUCAACAAGGCCGUCGUGGGCAAGUACAAGAUCAUGCAUCGGCCUCUGAAAUCUAUGACCUUUACUGCCAGAAACCUCUACAGCAGGUUCAUAGAAGAAGAAACUAAGGAUACAAAAGGUGAAUUCUUUAUUGUGGAUGCUGAUAUCAAGGCGUUCACCCAGCUGACGUUGGACAAGCGCUUCCACAACAUCCUGAGCAUCCUGAGGCACUGCCACAGGCUGAGAGAAGUCCGUAGCGGAAAACUGGUCCACUACAUCAUCUGCUAACUCUUCCCAUGGUCUGCCUGCCCAAAAGAGAGACCUUCUGUAUUUGUGCACCCCUCUCCAGCUCUCUUAUUUUCUGAAAGCCAGGAGCGAGGAAAGGGGGGCAGUAUCAAAUGGCCUCGAGGUAUUUGAGAUUUGUUUUGAAAAGUUAUGGGAAACUGCUUUCUUUUGGUAAGUUUCAAAUUCGAACCAUAAAGCAAACUGUUUACAGACAGCUUUAAUCACAUUUUCAUGUCAGAACAUGAAAGUUAAGUUCUCUGUAUAUUAAUAAUUUUCCUUUUGUGCUUAUGACUUGGAGAUUGUAUUAAAGACU